AUGAAGUUCAACCAACACAAACACAGGUUUAACAAUUUCCACAACCUCAAGUUCAAAAACACCACAAACUCGAGUUCAAAAACACCACAAAAUCAUGUUCAAACACGUCACAAACUCAAGUUGAACAAAUGCUACAAACUCAAGUUCCACAAUUGCAACCAACUAAAGUUCACUAAAAACCACAGACUCAAGUUCAACAAUUGCCACAACCUCAAGUUCAGAAACAACAAACUCAAGUUCAAAAAACACACAAACUCAAGUUCAAACACGCAAACUCAAGUUAAAAAAAACCACAACCUCAAGCUCAAAAACGACACAAACUCAAAUUCAACAAAAACCACAAACUCAGGUUCAACCAACACCUGA